UACACCAAAACCGCCAACAAAAUAGACGUCAAACAAUAGAAAAUAAUAUUAAUAUAUCAACAUUUGAACCAACUGAAACACGAAUGGAAAACCUUGAUAAUAAAAAGUCAUGUCCUCACGACGGUUAUGUGCUGGUGACUGGGGGUGCUGGUUACAUUGGAAGUCAUACCGUUUUAGAACUUUUAAUAUGUGGUUAUAAUGUCAUUGUUAUAGAUAAUUUGUCGAAUGCAUGUGAAGAAUCCUUAAUUCGCGUUCAAAAGCUUGCCAGACGACCAUUGAAAUUUUACCAUGCAAAUAUUUUGGAUGAAAAGACAUUAAUCCCAAUAUUCGAAAAAUAUAAUAUUUGGGCUGUUUUACAUUUUGCUGCUCUUAAAGCUGUUGGAGAGUCAACAAAAAUUCCGCUCGAUUAUUAUUGGAAUAAUGUGACUGGUUCGUUGAGUUUGUUUAGAAUAAUGGAACGAUUUGGUGUUUAUAAUAUAGUAUUCUCUAGUAGUGCUACUGUAUAUGGUGCUCAUCCAUCUGGUAUUAUUGGAGAAAACCCUCGUGGUAUUCCAAAUAAUUUAAUGCCUUAUGUAAGUCAAGUUGUUCAAGGUCGUUUACCUUUUGUUAAUAUUUUUGGCGGUGAUUAUGAUACAGUUGAUGGUACAGCUUAUAAUCUUGGUACAGGUGUUGGAUAUUCUGUCCUAGAAAUAAUUCAGGCCAUGUCAAAAGCAUGUGGUAAAGAGAUUCCUUACAAAAUCACAAAGAGACGUCCUGGUGAUAUUGGUGUCGUAACAGCAGAUGCAAGUCUAGCAAAUGUUGAAUUAGGUUGGUACCCAAAGUAUAACCUAGAUCAUAUGUGUCAAGAUCUUUGGCGUUGGAUCGAAUCCAAUCCAUUAGGAUAUCCAGAACCAUCUAACGAAGCAAAACAAACUUUACAAAAAAAUGUCAACUUGAUUUAA